AUGGAGGAGAGAUAUGAAAAGUUGAUAGAAUUGUUUGGAAAUGAUGACAGUUAUGAUGAAGAAAGUGACGAUGGUAAAGAGGAUAUCAUGUUUAAAAAGCAAAUGUUGAAAGGAUUCCAAGAAUCAAUGAUUAACGCCAUCAUAGAACAAAAGUAUCGUAUUUUUAAGACUAAAUCUAUUUGGGGCGCUGAGCGCUUGGUUGUAAAUUUUGCCUCUGGAUUGAAUUCGUGCAAAGAGCAUACGGUACAUGUAGCGACGAACGAAUUUGACCCAAAGUACUGUUUUGAUGAGUGCAAAAAUCUAAAUAUCCGAUCCUACGGCUGGGUCAGGCUUUUUGAUCGACUGAGCCAAAUUGUCUCUGCCUCGCUCAAUAACCUUCUUUUGGCUGUUUAUUUGAUUUUUUCAGGGUUUGGUUCGCAAUCUUCCAUCUUAUCAUACGAUGUAAUAUUCAUCGAUAUCAUCGCAAUUUCUGCUGUGCUUCUCAAGGCAUAUUUUACGCUCUUGAAAAUUUACGACUUUUUGUUCAGCUUUAAGGGCUCUGAAAGAAAAUAUCCGCUCAUCAUUUUUUAUUGCCAUUUUCCAGACAAGUUUCUGGCCAAGCCAAAGUCGGUUUUGCAUGCGAUGUUUAGAAUUCCUUUUGAUCUUUUGGAGCAGUUUUACAUGUGGUUUCCCGAUCAAGUUAUUUUUAAUUCCAAGUUUACCCGUUCGCAAUAUUCGAGGGCAUUUCCGGUCCUAUCGAAAGCAUAUCCCCAGGACAAUCUGCAUGUUAUUUAUCCUAGCAUUGUUGAGAUAGAAAAGCAGGUUUCAUCCUCCAUUCCAGGCUUCAUUAAAACGAACUACAUACUUUCUCUCAAUAGGUUUGAUGCCAAAAAAAAUCUUGAACGCGCUAUAUAUUUAUGCCAGUUUAUGAAGACACUCAACUUUGCCAAUAAGCCGUAUUUUAUCAUUGCUGGGGGGUUUGAUCCCAAAAAUUCGGAAAAUUGUCUCGUGUUGGCGCAACUACAAGCGCUAGCAAGACAGCUAGACCUAUCUUGGGCGGAGGGCUUGGAAGAUUCACGUCUGAGCCCAGCUAUAGACAUUGUUUUCCUUAAGGGAGUAUCGGCGUCUCUUAAGUUUGAGCUUUUAGACUCUGCCAAGCUUCUUUUUUAUACGCCAUCAAAUGAACACUUUGGAAUCAUUCCAUUAGAGGCAAUGUCGCUUGGAGGGGCUUUUGUCUUUGCAAUGGCUUCUGGCGGCCCAGCAGAAUAUAUUCAGCACAAAAAAACCGGAUAUUUGAUCCCAGAUCACCAAAAGAAUACUCAGGACUCGUUUCUCAAUACGCUUUCCACCGAAGAGCUCGCUGACUUUAAAUUAGGACUCGAAAUGGCUAUCACACGCGCAGAUAGUGCAGCGGCUAAAAAUGUAAAAGAAACUGCGUGCCAGUUUGCUAAAUCAAACUUCAAGAUUGAGGCCAGCAUUUCCAGAUUGCUUGAAAUAUACGAAGGCAGUCGAAAAAAGGUCUUCACGUGUAAGGAGCAUUUUAUGUCACUUUUGGUGGUUAUUUCAAUCCUUGCUAGCAUUUCUUUCUUUAUGAAGGCCUCUUCAUAG